AUUUUUCUUAAUGAAUUUUUUUUUGUAAAUCAAAUUUUGUCUCGCCUUUAAUUAUUGAGUCGUCGUAGAAGACAGAAAAAUUGGUAAAUCAUGGAUCAAAGCCAGAAGGACACCGUUAAAGAACCAAAACUUCUGAAAGCAGUGCUUGAAGCCAUUUCUUGUAUGAAAGAAAAAAAUGGAUCCACAGAUAGGCAAAUUAUUAAACAUAUUACUGAUAUUCUCAAAAACAAGAGAGAUAGCUGGAUGAACAUCACAGCAAAAGUCCGUAGAGCGUUAGACCAUGGACUAAAUACUGGCCUAAUUAAAAGACGAAACCGUAAAUAUGUGCUCACUUUGGAUACAGAUAAGACGAAUAUCAAACCAAAGCAAGUCAAGAGCACCAACACAUUAACUGAGACUAGAAGCCGCCGACGUCGCAAACUAGGUGGCAAGAGUCGCAGCCGGGGUGAUGAAAGCGACUCCGAAACAGGUCGAAGCUUGUCUGAAGGUACUCAUCUAGAACCUACAGAUAAAGGUCGUCGCAGGAAGGGUAGUAAAUGGGCCCAACGAGCAUCUACAGCCAACAAAUCCAAUGAGAACAUGACCGGUACAACAGGACAAAGUCGCUUAGAAGAAAAAAUUGAAAUUCUGCCAAUCGCUGGCUGUAGCAGUUCCCAGCAAAGCCAUCAAAUUUCUAAUCUUAUUCAAGAACAUACCACAGUUAACCGUGGAAAUCCCAUUUGUAACCAAGCACCAUCAGAAUCAAAAAAUGUUCCUCCUAAGGACGUGCCAAAACAAAAUGAUUGCAACGAUUCCUGUUUGAACUAAUUUUCAUAAUUUAUUAAUAUUUUUAAUGAUAGCGCCCACUGGAAAUUUAUUGUAAACGACAUAUAGGUUCAAAAUAUCAAUAUUUUGGAAACAUA